AUGGAGAAAGAGAAGUUCCAGCAGAAGGCUCUGAAGCAAACUAAGCAGAAGAAAUCCAAGUCGGCUGAAUUUCUGAUGGUAAAAGAAGAGAGAGCAGCAACAGAAGGCAUUGAAAAUCCAGCUUUUAACAUCAGCAGCACAGAUCUUUCAGCAUAUCAGCCUUCAGAAGAGAAAGUUAUUAGACAUGACAAGCCAGAUAGCACCCUUGCAGCUCACCAACAAAAACUCGGGCUGCAAACCCAUGCUGAACCAAGAGGAAAUGAAUACAGCAGAAAUUACUUUGACCCGUUGAUGGGUGAGGAAAUAAACCCAAGGCAGUGUGGGAUGGAGGUCAGUGAGGAAGAUCCUGUGAAAUUUGAUGAGCAAAUCCUGUACUCUAAACUGAUGAAGCUUCUAGAUGAAGAAAACAAGAUGCUGGACUUCCAAGGCCGUGUCGUCAGUGAAGAUUUUCCGGACGCUGUAAUGCCUGUCAGCUCCAGUAAGGCAUGUGACCUUCACAGGGAGCUUGAAGAUGAAGAGAUUCCUUCAUAUAUCGAACAGUUUGAGAGAGAUGUUCAGGAUGACAUAAUUCUGCUUGGCAGCUUUUCACUGGAACAGGUUCUACCACAUAGAAAAGCUGUGAAACCAGGCAUGGUACUCCUCUUUGAACUCUUCCUUCUUCGUGGCACCUAUACCUGGAUUGAUCGAGAAGUGGGAUGGGGAGUUUUUCCCUUAUGUGAUAACAAUUUUAAUACUCUGGAGGGAAAAUUUAAAUGUCCCUUCCUCAGAGGCCAUUAUGACUCCAAAAUUGACCGAUUCAAAAAAAUUGAAAACUUUAUUUCUCAGGACUUGGAUCAUUGGUUAUGCAAUCUCUACUUUCAGAUAAUUAAACUACCACAGGAUUCAGAUAAGCAAAAUAAGUGUGGCAUGCAUGUUCAUCUGCCUCCCGAACUUCUCACGUGUUCAAGCACUGCUGAAAAGAAUGGUGUCUCAGGAAAGGUUGUACAGUCUGGACCACAAGGGCAACCUCUGACCUCCCCGAAAGAUCCUGACACCCAUAAGGGAAGUAUUCCCACUGUUGUAAAGGAAGUGGAAAAACAGUUUAAUGCCGUGAAAGGAGGAGAAGCGUGUGUGUCAGAAGAAGCUGUGAGGAAAAGAGAAGAGCUUAAAAUGCUUCCAGCAGAGGAUUGCCAAGAUUGCCAUGGCAAUGCAGACAAGCACUGUGGCUCUUUUUGGCUGAAGGAAAUCCAAGGAGGACAUCACAAGGUCAGCUGGAAUAACCCACCUGACCAAUGUUAUGAAGAAAAAUCAGGUCUCGAGAACAAUGCAAGCCAAGAAGCAGGGAAAACAUCUGCAGAGAGUAAUUUUUAUUUGGAAGACUUGGAGAAAUAUACCUUUUCUGUGUGCUGCCAUUCUGCUGCUGAAGUCAAACUGCCCAGGCAGGUUGUCGAGCGUUUCCAUUUCGUGGUGUACGCAGCCUUUUCAGAGCUGGGACCCACACGCUGGUGCUCCAGGGACUUCUGGCUGCUCACACUGCUGGUAGUUUUGCUUUGGUUCCUGAGGCUUUACUUGCAUUAUCUGAGCCAGUGGCUCUUCCUUUGGACCAUCUCAGUUCCUGUUGCAAAAUUCCAGCUCCUUCCUCACACUGUGGAACUGUGCUACCAGAACUCCUUGCUGCACACCAGUGAAGAAUUGGCCAUGGUUGUGGUGGGACCCCUAACCUUGAACGCAGGGCUGCUUCUCAUGGUCCUGAUCAGAUGGGGCUGUCAGCAGCUGUUUGACUCAUUCCCUUCCUUCUUGUCAAAGUUUAUCAUAGCUAUGGGAUUAUGGACAGUGCUAGACCCCUUGGCAGUUUUUGUAGUGGAUUCGUUCCUGGGGCGAUUUGGGAACAGUGUAGAGAAACCCAUUGCUGAUGCUGCAAAACUCUCCUGGGUGUUUCUACGAGCAGGGGAGUCAGGAGUUCCUGGUGCAUUAAUCACAGUGAUGCUUUAUACCAUCCUGUUCAUGAUCUCAUCAACAGUGUUGUACCUGUAUUUUUUAAGGCUACAUAGCGAAGGUUGGCUGUUGGAUGUAUUUCAGCGUAUUCAUGGUGAGGAAGACACAUUCUUUGUUCCACUGGACUUGGAGAUUUCCAGUCAGGAGCUGAGCUACAUUAUGAAGAGGGCUGAGCAGUGGAGAGGAAUCAAUGGUGAAAGACGGAUGGACCAGCCUGGUGUCUCCAGCUGUGACCUCCAGCGCCAGGAUGACAUCCCCGACGCUGCAGCCAGCUGGGAAGGCAGCACCACUGCUCACAUCUGUGUCUACACGGUUCACCUCAGCGGCUUCCAGGAGCUCUACAGGCACUUCCUCAGGCUGCCUGAUGGGGCUAUCAUUGAGGCAUUUGGUGAUGUUAGUGAGGAAAGUCUUCUGUGUAAAGUGAGCACAGACCAGGAGCAUAUAAGGGAAAAGAACAGUGUGUUGCCUACAUCUACACGUAUCAAGCUGAGAGAGAGGAAAAAGAGUACAGCAAGGUGGAAAGGAAAUCGCAUUGUCUCUGAGAGCUAG